CCUCCCCUCCCUCCUCCCGCAGCAACAGCACCGCUGCAGAGGCGCCCUGAUCCCACGUCAACGCACGCUGUUGUCCCCUCUGCAAUUCCUCCGCCGCCUGUCGUUGCCGCCGCGCGCACCGCCCCGUCUCGCGCGCCCUCACGCCCCUCGCCGCCGACGCCUGGGCCCCUCGACAACGUGCGCGCUCCGGGAUCGCAGCACACACGCCUAGCAUUGGCAGACCGCCGCCAUGAGUGGACUAACUCCCGGCGACGGCCCGCCUUCGCUGGGAGGCCACGACGCCCCGCAGCAGCAACCCCAGCAGCAGCAAUACCAGGCCUAUGACCCGCGCAUGAACGGCCUCCAGCGGCAGCCCACGAACCCCUACGACAUGCAGAGUCCGCCGCCGCAGUCGCUGUCUCCCCACAAGGGCAACGGCCCGCCCUCCCGCUCCCUUACCGACCCGACAAACCAAGACCCACAACAGCAGGACCCAGCACGAGAGAAGCCUCGAGGUCGAAGCAAGAUCUGUGGCAAGUGUGGUGAGGGCUUGACGGGGCAAUUCGUUCGCGCAUUGGGCGACACAUACCACCUGGAAUGCUUUACAUGUCACGAUUGCGGUAAAAUCGUCGCCUCCAAGUUCUUCCCCGUGCCCGACAAGCCCCCAGGUCAAUAUCCGCUCUGCGAGACCGAUUACUUCAAGCGGCUCGACCUGCUGUGCUUUGACUGUGGACAAGCUUUGCGGGGCUCGUACAUCACGGCGUUAGACCGGAAAUACCACAUCGAGCAUUUCACCUGUUCCGUCUGUCCUACCGUCUUCGGUGCGUCAGACAGCUACUACGAGCACGAGGGCAGCGUGUACUGCCACUACCACUAUUCAACCAAAUUUGCUCAGCGAUGCAACGGCUGCCAAACGUCGAUCCUAAAGCAGUUUGUCGAGAUCUUCCGUAAUGGGCAGAACCAGCACUGGCAUCCGGAAUGCUACAUGAUCCACAAGUACUGGAACGUGCGCUUGCACUCAACCGGUCAGCCCAUAGCCCAGGCCCCGCAGGACGUGGGUUCCGACGCAUCGGACGAGGUGCGUGAUAGAGUGCGCAAACAAGAAGAAGAGAUAGAAGCCAAAGUCAACUGGAUCUGGAAGACUCUGUCCGCGUUCGAGGAGAAGUCGGCCACUUGCAUCUCCGACAUGCUCCUCCACGUCAGCAAUGGCGCGUAUGUUGACGGUGUCAUGGCUGCGAAGAAAUUCAUCGUCCAUGUCGAACUCCUGUUCCAUGCCGCGGACGACCUUGACGCACAGCUUACCACAAAUACACCAAAAGGCCUGACGUACUCGCGCGAGUCAAAACUGCUAUGCAAAAAGGUCGUGGCCUUCUUCGCGCUUCUGACGCAAUCGCAAGGUACCGGUGUGCGUAGACUCGGCGUUACGCAAGAGCUCUUAUCCCUUGUCACUGGAUUAGCCCACUAUCUGAAGCUGUUAAUCCGCAUCUGCCUACAGGGUGCUUUGAAGCUCGAGCGAGAGACACGGAGUGCGAGUGGUCUGACAAAUUUCCUUGCGCAAGUAAAUUCACUCGACCAGAGGUUGGAGCAAGAGGCGCAGAAAGAUCAGGCCGCCGAGUCCCUGUUGCUUGUUCCGCGAUGGGCGGACGCCUGCCCGAUAUGCGAUGCUCAGGUUGAGGACAAGUGCUUGCACCUCGACAACAUGUCGUUCAACUACGGGUGCAUGGUUUGCAGGGGCUGUGGAGCCGACCUACGCAGUGACACCAAGAAUGCUUACUGGAGUAAGUCAAAACAGAGGAUCUUCUGCCCGGCGUGCGCUGCAGCACAGCCUGAUGCAGAGAACGGAUUCCAGCAAGUAACCAAACUGCGGCAAUAUGUACACCUACUCAAGGUUGCCCACGCUCGCCUAAUGGCAACAUUGCGGUCCAGUGGAGCUCUGCCACACACUUCUGGUUACGACUCUUCACAAGGCCACCGUCUGGGCGAUGCCAGUGGAGAUCUUCAAGCAACUCAACUACGACAGGACGCCCGCUCCAAAUCUUUUGGUGGCCAUUCGUCGGCUGACGCUCAGGCUGCUAACGCGAAUUACGAACAGUCCAUGACCGAUAUCAAACGACUUCGAUCUACGAGGCUUGAUAAGCACCUCUCGCAGACUAUGAAGCGCGCCCGCCAAUCCAGGAUUAUCGAUGGCCCAGAGGCCUCGGGAACAGGUGGCGAUAGCCAAGGCAAAGGUGGGAUGCAAAUCGUGCAAGAACGCGAGACCGGCGAUGUGGACGGCACUACUCUUGCUGUCAACUCGCUUGCCUUGGACGACAUUGCGCGCAUGGCAGCAUUAGAGCAGCAGCGUGAGCAGCGUCCUAAUGCAUUCCGUGCGGGUGGCAGUGCGUUGCUUGGUCAACAAGAUCAGGCCAGGCUCUUAAACGGACAUCGCCGUGAUAUGUCUUCAGGUCAACUUCAACCGGAGGGACGACCACGAACUUAUUUUUCUGAGCUUUCACCCCUUGAGUACUUCAAACUCAAGAGCCUCGCGGUGCUCCAACUGGGCCUCUUGCUUGAUGACAAUCAGUACAACCAAGGCGACCUUUUGGAUCUCAUCGAGACGAAGCGAACCAACUUCUGGGGCAAGAUUGGGUUUGGAAAGAACAAGAAUAAGCCUAAGAAGGGACCGACAAGCGUUGAGAAGCCUGUUUCCGAGAAAGCGACGUUCAGGCAGUCUCUUGAAUGGCUCGUGGAGAGGUUUGGCGCCGAGUCAACGGACGGUGUUGGACCGGGCACGCUCCGAGUACCCGCCCUACUGCAAGACGCUGUCAGCGCCAUGAGAAACAUGGACAUGUCAAUAGAAGGUGUCUUCCGUAAGAAUGGUAACCUAAAGGCCCUGCGAGAGCUCGAGGAAGAGAUCGAUGCGAAGGGUGUGGAGCAGGUGGACCUGAACACAAAGAAUCCCGUCAUUCUGGCGAAUCUUCUCAAGCGUUUCCUUCGGUUAAUGCCGGAUCCUGUUUUAACACUCAAGCUAUACCGCUUGUUCAUGACAGCAAAUGGUGCGUACACUGUCACAGUUCCACAACGUAUGCUAACCUGUACAGAAAUGGCCGACGAGGUACAGCGAAUGAAGGUGUUGCAUCUUGUCUGUUGUCUGUUACCUAAGGCGCAUCGCGACACCAUGGAGGUGUUGUUCUGUUUCCUCAAUUGGGUCUCUUCGUUCCACACUGUAGAUGAGGAAACCGGUAACAAGAUGGACACAUGGAACAUUGCCACAGUCAUGGCCCCGAACAUCUUGCGAGAGAACAACGAAAAGGAAAUGAAGAGCGUAGACCAAGGCGCUGUGCGAGUCGUUUUCGAUUUGAUCGAGAACAAUGAUGAGUUCUGCGAGGUGCCCGAAGAAAUUGUGGAUCUUCUCUACGAUGACAGCUCCUCCGAACUGACUCCUAAGGACAUCAUGAGACAGUGGGAACAACGCGGCAGAAACCCGGCGGGACCAGGAUCGGCAGCCCCAGCAAUGUCCCCGCGCAAUCAGUCUGGUGCCUCGUCGAGGAAAGACCAGCGUAACGCUCCACACAUUACACAAGCGGAUCACAACCCUCAAGCAUUCGCAGGUGAAUCUUCUGUACGCCAUAUUCCCGGCGCUGGUGGACCAAACAACCACAGUACCCCACCACAGCAAUACGAUCUAGGCGCUCCCAAUCUCCCAUACAGUCAACCCGCGCCCGGGUCAGCUGAGAGUCACCGAACAGGGUCGCCGCAUCGUCACAGUUACCGGUCACCGGCAAUGCAGAAGCAAUCACUCGGCACAGCCGGCGCCGGGUGAUGAACAUACGGCAUUAAUCAAUAAUAGGAGUACGGAGGUGCUGGUCUCGAUUCAUUUUAUUUCGUCUAUUUCGCAAAACGAUACCAAGCGAGGGCAGAUAUCUCUGAGCGGAAAAUUGGUCUUCAUGUCACUUUCUCGGGCACACCGCACACAU